AUGGCUAAUGUGUGGCUGCUAUGGCUCAGCCUGUGGUCCACGGCAGCUGGUACGUACACCGCCUCCACCCACUUCCACCUGAAGAGACCCCCCCUCAACCCUGAUAGGACCCUCCCCCUGAAGGGACCCUCCACCUCAGCUUCAACACUAACAUCUGUUUUUGCUCCAACAGUGUCGGUGUGUGCAGACGUGCGGCUCAUGCAUACUGACCAGGUGUGCAGUACUUGGGGGAACGGUCACUUCCAGACCUUCGACGGGGACGUCUUCCAGAUCCAGUCCACCUGUAACUACGUCUUCACGUCUCUGUGCAGAGACUCGUACCAGGACUUCAACAUCCAGAUCCGGAGGCAGAACGAGGAUGGACGCCUUGUCAUCAGCAGCAUAGUCCUCAAACUGGAUGGACCCGUGGUGGAGCUGGUCCAUGGGGGGGCAGUGCUGCUGGAUGGACACACAGUGACUCUACCGUUGUGUCAAUCUGGAGUUUGUAUUGAGAAAACUCCGACCUACAUCAGAGUCAAAGCGAAGCUGGGUUUGAUGGCGCUGUGGAACAUGGACGACUCCUUCAUGGUGGAACUGGAUGAGAAGUAUCGGAACCAGACCUGUGGACUCUGUGGAGACUUUAACGGACGCCUGAUCCACGACGAGUUCAUCAGCCACGGUGUCCAGAUGUCCCCCUCGGACUUCGCUGACCUGUGGAAGAUCGACGGUCCCACUGAAAUCUGCUCCGAGUCCAAACAGAACCCGUCCUGGAACUGCAGCGCCAUGAGGCCCAUGUGUGAGCGGAUCCUGUCAUCUUCGGCCUUCUCCUCCUGUCACGGUCUCCUGGACGUGGACUCGUUCACCUCGGCCUGUGUCUCUGAUCUGUGUCACUGUGGAAACGACUUCAACAGGAACAUCAACUCUCCAUGCAUCUGCAGCACCGUCUCCGAACUCUCCAGGCAGUGUGUCCAUGCUGGAGGACGUCCGACCAACUGGAGGACCAGAACCCUCUGCUGGAAGUCAUGUCCUGACUCCAUGCAGUACUCGGAGUGUGGUAGUCCGGUCCCUGACACCUGUUCCAACCCUGAGGCCAGUCAAACCGCUGACGACCACUGCAUCGACGGCUGCUUCUGUCCUCCAGGGACGGUGUUGGACGACCUGACAGGAAAAGGCUGCGUCCCACAAAGUGAAUGUUCCUGCGUCUACAACAACCAGACCUAUGGCCCAGGAGAAUCCUACCAUAGAAAAUGCAAAACCUGUGUUUGCGAGGCCGGUCGGUGGAGGUGUCUGCAGAGGAACUGUCCAGGAACCUGUUCAGUGGAGGGCGGAGCCCACAUCACCACCUUUGAUGGGAAAGCCUACACCUUCCACGGAGACUGUUCUUACACUUUGGCCGAGGUCACCACCAUCAAGUCCAACGGCAAAGUUUACUCCAAUGGAAACAACAUUCAACUGCCGCUGUCUGUUGCUGGCCUCACCGUGGUCAGAGCCUCCUCCUUCUUCGUGGUGGUGGAGGCUCGUAAAGUCCUGCUGAAGGUGCAGCUGAAGCCGCUGAUGCAGGUUUACAUCAUCGUUGGUGGUGAAUUCAGAGGACGGUUACGAGGACUGUGUGGGAACUUCAAUGAUAACCAGGCCGAUGACUUCUUGAAGCCCAGCGGCGUUCCGGACUCCACUGCCGUAGGUUUUGUCAACAGUUAUAAGACGUGUGCUGGAUGCCCUGAUGUAAAGAGCAACUUUGAGAACCCAUGCAGCCUCAGUGUGGAUAACGAGAAAUAUGCCGAACACUGGUGCUCGAUGCUGACCGACGCCGGGGGGGUGUUUGCGCCGUGUCAUUCAGAAAUCAGCCCCGACCUCUACAAACAGAGAUGCAUGUACGACAGCUGCAACUACGAGAAAAGCGAGGACGGCAUGUGCGCAGCCGUAUCAUCGUACGUCCAGGCCUGCGUCGCCGCAGGAAUCUGGAUCGGCGACUGGAGGAAGUACAUCUGUGGAAGCUACGCCGACUCCUGCCCGGAUAGGAUGGUCUACUCCUACAACGUCACGUCAACGCAUCGAACCUGCCGUUGUCUCGGCACCUCAGACGUCAGCUGCCACUUCACUUUCCCACCCGUCGACGGUUGUGUCUGCACAGAGGAAACUUUCCGGGAUGAAAAUGGAAAAUGUGUCAACCCCAAGGACUGUCCGUGUUACGACGAAGGCUCGGUGAUUCCUCCUGGACAGGUGGUCAUCAAAGAUGGCCACCGAUGGACGUGGGUUCAACCCCUAGUGGAACCAACAUUUACUAUGGGAAAACAGGAAGUAACUAUGGUAACAGCUGUAGACCGUAUACAGAUGUACGAGGGAAGAAAAGGUCUGUUCAUGUCCCCGUUAGCAGACCUGUCCCCAGUUGACCUUUCAGACCUGUCCACAGUAGACCUGUCCACGGUAGACCUUUCAGACCUGUCCACAGCAGACCUGUUGGACCUGUCCACAGUGGACCUUUCCACCGUAGACCUGUCCCCGGUGAUUCUGUCCACGGUAGACCUGUCCACAGUGGACCUGUCCACAGUAGACCUGUCCCCAGUGAUUCUGUCCACGGUAGACCUGUCCACAGUAGACCUGUCCCCAGUGAUUCUGUCCACGGUGGACCUGUCCCCAGUUGACCUUUCAGACCUGUCCACAGUAGACCUGUCCACGGUAGACCUUUCAGACCUGUCCACAGCAGACCUGUUGGACCUGUCCACAGUGGACCUUUCCACCAUAGACCUGUCCCCGGUGAUUCUGUCCACGGUAGACCUGUCCACAGUGGACCUGUCCACAGUAGACCUGUCCCCAGUGAUUCUGUCCACGGUAGACCUGUCCACAGUAGACCUGUCGGACCUGUCCACAGUAGACCUGUCCCCAGUGAUUCUGUCCACGGUGGACCUGUCCACAGUAGACCUGUCAGACCUGUCCACAGUAGACCUGUCCAUGAUGGAUCUGUCCAUGGUGGACCUGUCCACAGCAUCCUGCGUCGCCCCCAUGGUGUUCUUCAACUGUUCCGUCAAUGGACCGUCACCCAAAGGAAAAGAGUGUGAGAAGAGCUGCAACACCCUGGACACUGCCUGUGUGAGUACCGGCUGUGUCUCUGGGUGUCUCUGUCCGUCUGGGAUGGUUUCUGAUGAUAAAGGAGGAUGCAUUUGGCCCAAGGUCUGUCCCUGUGUCCACCACGGGAAAGUCUUCCUGCCUGGACAGACCACCCAGGUGGACUGCAACACAUGUACCUGUAAAGGUGGACACUGGGUGUGUACAGAGAAGCAGUGUGUGGGGACCUGCUCCGUCUACGGAGACGGACACUUCAACACCUUCGACCAGAAACGCUUCACCUUCAACGGCAACUGUGAAUACGUCCUGGCUCAGGACUACUGCACCGGUUUCCAACCACACACCACGAAUGGAACCUUCAGAGUCAUCACUGAGAACGUCCCAUGUGGAACCACAGGAACCACCUGCUCCAAGAAAAUCAAGAUCUUCUUGAAGAAUGCAGAACUGAUUCUAACCGAUGGAACCUACCAGCUGAUUUCAAGUGGAAGUGAAGACACGAAUCCGUUCCGUUACCGGACCAUGGGCAUCUAUCUGGUGGUUGAAGUGGACAUCGGGCUGGUCCUCAUAUGGGACAGAAGGACCAGCCUGUUCAUCCAGCUCAGCCCCAAGUAUAAGGGUCAAGUGUGUGGACUGUGCGGUAACUACGAUGGCAACGCCAACAACGACUUCAUCACGCGGUGCCACGCGCUGGUGGUCAACCCACUGGUGUUCGGGAAUAGCUGGAAGGACUCUCCCAACUGCCCCGACGUCCACACCAUGAUCAGCCCCUGCACGGCCAACCCCUAUCGCCAGUCCUGGGCCCAGAAGCAGUGCACCAUCAUCCAGAGCCACGUCUUCUCUGAGUGCCACGCCAUCGUGGAUCCAGCUCCGUACUUUGACGCUUGCGUGUUUGAUUCGUGCGCCUGCGACACCGGUGGAGACUGUGAAUGUUUCUGUUCUGCUGUGGCCGCUUACGCUCAAUCCUGUAAUGAAGCUGGACUCUGUAUCAAAUGGAGAACCCCGACCAUCUGCCCUGUCUUCUGCGAUUACUACAAUCCUCCUGGUGAAUGUGAGUGGCACUAUAAGCCUUGUGGUUCUCAGUGUAUGAAAACGUGCCGGAACCCUUCAGGCAUCUGUUCCACACAGAUUCCUCCACUGGAAGGUUGCUACCCAAAAUGCCCACCGGAUCAGCCAUUCUUUGACGAGGAUUCAAUGAAAUGUGUUGCGAAGGCACAAUGUGGCUGCUUCGAUAAAAAUGGAAAACACUACAAUGAUGGUGAUGACGUCCCGACAACGGAAAACUGCAUGAAAUGUACCUGCACCUCCUUGAACAUUGAAUGCCACUAUGACGCCCAAGCCUGCUUCUGCAUGUAUAAUGGAAGAAAAUAUCCCCCUGGCUACAUCAUCUAUAGCACAACUGAUGGACAUGGUAACUGCAUCACUGCACUGUGUGGGGUCAACGGCACCAUUGACAGGAUCACAUACCCAUGUCCAGAAACAAGUCCAACCACCUUUGUUUUCACCUCUACCACGCCAGAACCAGUGACAACCACAUGUCAACCGUGUGGAUGGUCGCCUUGGUAUGAUACCGGCGUCCCUACACUUGGGACACCAGGAGGAGACUUUGAAACUUUUGAAAAUAUUAAAAAGGCAGGACACCAAGUAUGUGACAAGCCAACCCAAAUUCAGUGCAGAGCUGAGAAAUUCCCUGAUAUGACCAUUGGCCAAUGCCUGCCCAACAAAGCCUACGUCUUCUCCAACCCCAACCACAUCACGAUCAACUUCCACGACCACUACACUACCUACGAGUACUAA